UUUAACAGCCAGAAAGGGAAACUUUCUGAACCAGCAGAAGUCAGAGACGAUCAGAACAGGAAAGGUGGGAGAAUCUGUCGCUUUAGACACUGGUGUUACUAAAAUACAUAAAGAUGAUGAAAUUCUGUGGACGUUUGGAGACAUGCGUAUAGCUCAAUACUCAGGAGGCGGUAAUGAAUCUACAUUAUAUGACUAUAUUGAUGAGAGAUUUACAGACAAACUGGAGGUAAACCAUCAGACCGGAGAUCUCACCAUCAGAAACUUCAGAACUGAACACACUGGAGAAUAUAAAGUACAGAUCAAGAACAACAGCGGGAACAAAGACAAAAAAUUCAAUGUUGCUUACUCUGUGCGAGCUAUAAAGGGAGAAUCCGUUCUUCUACGCACUAAAGUAAAAAUCGAGGAAGGUGAUGAGGUGGAGUGGACCUCAAAAGAUAAAUCCAUUCUAAUAACUGGAAUGAAUGGAGACAACAGCAAGACUUCAUAUACAGAUGACGAGAGAUUCAGAGACAGAUUGGAUAUGAACCCUCAGACUGGAGAUUUCACCAUCACAGAUAUCAGACAGACAGAUGAAGGAGUUUAUACACUAAAGCUGGUCAAAGCUGAUGGAAAAAUCACACAAAGAAUAUUCAGUGUUGAUGUAGUUGUAAUAACCAAAGUUCAUGGAAACAUUAAGAACAAGCAGAACUCAGGGUCUGAUGCGAAGGGCACAGUGCCAAAGGAGAGUAGUAAUAACAGAUGUGUCCCUCACAGGCUGGGCAGCAGUGAUGGAAGGCCAUGCAGCCAGAGGAAUAAGCAGUAUUUCGAGCUCGCAACCAUUUUCUCCCAUCUCUCAGAGGUCAUCAUGUACUAG